AUGUCGAAGAACCAAUACCCAGUGCCCGCCUACAUCCUCUACAUCACCCUCCUCACAAUGGUCAUAUGCAUCCCAAUGCUCGCGCUCUCCGUCGUCAACUUUGGCUUGCUCUCCAUCUGGCUCAACGCAGCCGUCGGCGCGCUCAUCCUCAUCCACCACACAUCCUACCUCUUCAUCACCUGGGCGCACUCCAACCGACCCUCGAGCAAACCCACCGACUUCCUCAUCGACCCCGAAGCCGAAGCCGACUCCAAAUCCUCAGAAUCACUCUCACCGACACUCGACGAAAAGUCCGCAUGGGAAGACGACACCGAGCCGGACUACGCGAUGCCGCUGCCGUUCCAGCCGCUCAACAUCGCUUCCCUCGCCUUCCUCUCCAUCAUCACGUCCAUGGCGUUCAGCGUGAUGGUGGACAUCACGAGCCGCGGCGCGAUGAAGAGCACGCUCCCCGCUGAGCGCGUCGGCUCGCAUAAGUGGAAUAUCAAGAUUGAGAUUGGGCAGACGGCUGUGUUGGGCUGCGCGAUGAUUGCUCUGGGGCUGAAUUUGGCGGUGUGUUUGUUGGGGAGGAGGAGGGUUGUUGAGGCGAAUGAGGAGAAGGAGGCGAGGGAGUUUGGGUGGGUGGAGAAUUAG